AUGUUCGAUCACAUACUCAAGAGAAGCCAUACGGACCUGAUGAAGCGACACGCGGCCAGUCAUAUUCAACCACGUGACAGCAAACGAAGGUGUCUCCCCUCCUAUCCCAAGAAUGGUCGUGUGUCGCAGGCCUGUAAGACCUGCGCUGCAUCGAAACUCAAGUGCGACGAGGAGAAGCCUUGUCGCCGAUGUCGGGAAAAGAAAUUGGUCUGCAAUCGGGCGCAGAAUGGCACUCCGAUCGACACAUCCCCUCCUCGACCACAACGACAAGCAUCCCAGAGCGAUCAGACGCCACAUCUCCCUGCCGACGCAUCGCAGGUCCACGCCACGUUCCCACCCCCGAUCGACGGGCAAAUAGACCAGUAUCCGAACGAGAUGGUCAGUCCGAAUGCGGAGAUGAACAAUCACGUACCCGUGGGGCUUCAAUCCGGGUCGUCUACAGAUGAUCGCAACAGUGUCGUGUUCAGUGUCGACGGCACCUUCUUUCCCGACUGUAUCCUCGAGUCACUGAUACCUUCAUUGUCCCGAACGAGCGAUCUGGACCCGCUACCUGUCCUUCCACAGGACUAUUUCCACACUGAAUUAGAUCACAAUGUUGACUUCGACUUCGAUUUGACCGAUGUGGAUUAUGGAGUCAUUGACCUUUUCAAUUCUCGGGGAGCUGUCCAUCAUAAUGCCCACAACAGCGACGGAGCCAACGAUUGUGGCGAUGGUGACAGCGGGAUUGCCAUCGGUGCCGAGGCGUAUCAUCGGUCAUCCUUGUCCGCUUGGAAACCGGCCCACGAAGAUCAUGCAUUUGCUGACCAGGUAAAUCUCUCGGUUUCAGAGGCUAUUGACAGCCCCGAGGCCAAUUUCAGACCGGAUCGUCGGAUCCUCUCUGAGCGGUUGUCCCCAAGUGGUCGCGAUCUCAUUUUUGGCAUGGUGCUGCAGACCAGCCAGCGAGCCAACCUAACUCGCAUCAUGAAAUCCUUUCCGAGUUCCCAACUGCUGGACAGUUUGAUCCAGUACUAUUUCGAAUCCCAGAGUUACCACAUAGACUCCUGGAUCCAUGGACCGACUUUUCGGAUGAAAGAAGAGCCCCCCGAUAUCCUUGCCGCUCUUGCCGCUGCUGGAGCCGCUCGCUCAACCAUUCCGACCAGCCGCAGGUUAGGAUACGCCUUGAUGGAGAUAGUGCGCCUCCAAAUGUCGGUAAAGUAUGAGAGCGACAAUAGCACCACACGCGAUCUGCGCGCCUCGCAGACGUUUGCUCUGGCUAUCGAUGUCGGACUGUGGAGUGGCAACGCACGGAGGACAGAGAUUGCGGAAAGCUUCCAGCAGCCUCUGGUCACGAUGUUGCGACGUGCCUUACGUUUUCGACGCUCGGUCUACUCCAACAUCGCACCAAGUGCCGACGACGAUGGUGAUGUUCUGGAGAAGAAGUGGCGGGAAUGGGCUCAUUCCGAAUCAUUCAACAGACUCAUACAUCACAUGUUUCUGCAUGAUGCCCAGUCAGCGAUGAUGUUGAACGUGAACCCAAUAAUCUCGUACUCCGAGCUGGAACUUCCUCUGCCUGCUCCUCGCUCGUUGUGGGAGGCCAAAUCCGCCAAGGACUGGAAGGAAGCGUACCUGGCAAGUGGACUGUCUAGUCGUGGCCGAACACCCUCGUUGGUUGACAGUCUACAAGACUUGUCCCAGUUAUCGGCAUAUCAAUCCCGAAUUGAUCUUCAACUGUCAACAUUGGCCCUUAUUCACGGACUCUCUACACUAGUCAGCGAAUACCAUCGCCAAAAAUGUAUAACAAAAGACCAUUCCAAACACUGGAAUGCUUUGGUGAUCAGUUCACGACAUCAAGAGUUGACACAAGCACUACAACAUCUACGCAUGCUUUGUUUCGAGAUGUCUAGCGCUCUCGGGCCCGGGAUUGUUUUGGUAUUUGAACUCAUUUCCAUGUUCCUACACAUGUCGCUGGAGGAACUGCAGCUGUUUGCAGGCAAGGAGGAUAAGAACGAAGCCCGUCGGGUCUACCACAGCGCGAUCGAGUGGAUCAGCAGUAUUGACUCGCGACGAGCGAUUUGGCACGCCGGCCAAGUGGUACGGGCGGCAAAAGUCAUGCCUCCGGGGGCUUUGACUCGGUUCUUUGCUCUGGGAGUCUACUACGCUAGUCUUGCGUUUUGGUCCUACAGCGUUGUAUCAAAAGCCAAAAAUUGUCAAGCGGUCGUCGGCAGUCCGCAAUCGGACCCGCAAUUCCGCGGUCCCUGGCCCACAGUCUAUCUGGAUGGUGAGGAAACGACCGAUGUGCAAAGGUUCAUCUCAUUAGGUUGCGGCUGUCCGGCUUUGCAUGCUCCAAGCGGUGCCGCUGUCAUUGCCGAUCCCAGCCAGAUCAUGGAUGCAAUUCAAACGCUUCUGCGAGGCGAUGCCCACCAGGAUAAUUUAUCUCCAUUCGUCCAAGGACUUUGUCAGUUGAUGUGCGAUCUGGGCAACGCAGCCUAUGCCUCUACAUAA